GACCCUGUAGUGAAGUUGCAUCACGGGUUACUCGUCCCUCCUGUGAUCAUUAGAGACGCUUUCUUCUCGGAGCGGAAACCCGGGUCUGUUCUUCUCCCCGUGAAAUUCCAGGCUCUGUCUGGAGGCAAAACUAGUGAGGCCCCAUUGUGCUAGAAACACGAACUUCUGACUGGAUCUCACCCACACGCCCCACUGCUGGUUGCGGGGGGAUGAGAUUUUCAUGAGGGUGCAAGGGGGCGGGGCUAUGCAAAUGAGGGUGCAUUCUUAUACAGGGCGGCUAGGAUGCUUCGCCUCUCUGCCGUCGAGGGGGUCCAGGAGCGCGGGGGGCGGGUGCGAAGGACGGGCUGGGAGAUGCAGACCGGCUGGUACUUGGUGGCUGCCUGGGCCCUUCUGGCUGCGACUGCAGCUCAACGCAGGGCCGGCAGCAGAGGCCAGGGGAGUGACCGACGGAACCGACAGCCCUUGGCUGAGGGGUCGUGGAACUCCCAGCUGUACCCCCGCUGGCAGGAGGGCGACCCCCGGCAGCAGAACUGCUGGAAAGGCGGCACCGUGACCUUUGACAUCAGCAACGACGCCCCCACCAUGACGGGCGCCAGGGCCACCUUCGCCAUCACCCUGUGCUUUCCCGGUAACCAGACGGUGCUGCCCGAUGGCCGGGUCGUGUGGAGCCAGGACUGCACUGUGGACGGUACCCAGGUGAGACGGGGGGACGCCGUCUUCCCAGAGGAGCCAGGCGAGGGCCCUGGCGGCGUCUUCCCCGACGGGCAGCUCUUCCCCCCCAGCGCCCAGGGCAAGCGCAGCAAGUUCGUCUACGUCUGGCGGACCUGGGGGCAGUACUGGCAGGUGGUAGACGGCCCCUCCUCACUGCUGACGGUGGAGACGGCCGGCGUGGCCCUGGGCUCCUACGCCAUGGACGUGCAGGUCUAUCACUACCGGGGGCACCGCAAGUUCAUCCCCAUGGGCAGGGCCACGUCCCAGUUCAGCAUCACGGACCAGGUGCCCUUCGCGGUGGACAUCGCCCAGGUGCUGGACGUGGACGGGGGCGACCGGCGCUUCGUGCGGAACCGGGCCGUGGCCUUCAGCGUCCGGCUGCACGACCCCAGCCGCUACCUGCAGGCCGCCGACGUCUCCUACUCCUGGGACUUCGGGGACCAGAGCGGCACCCUCCUCUCCCGCGCCGGCACCGUCACCCACACCUACCUGGAGCCUGGCACCUUCCGGCCCCGCGUGGUGCUCCAGGCUGCCAUCCCCGUGGCCUGCGGCAGCACCUCACCAGCACCGGUCGUGGACCCCACCACGGUCCCCCCAGGGCAGCCCACCUCCACCUCGGCUCCAGCCAGCCUGGCGCCCAGCGGGAGCCCCACGCAGACACCGGGCCAGCCGCUGAGCGUCGUGCCCACCGCCACGGCCGAGCCAGUGACGCCCACGGCAGGCACAGCCUCCGUCCCUCCCAGCCCCGUGGUGCCCGGCACGGCCGCCACCCUGCCCGGUGCUGUGACCUCGGCUGCUGGCGGUACCGCGGCUCCCACCCCCGCCUUGGAAACCAGCACCGUGCCCGCCGUGGCACCUGGGUCCGUGGUCACUGUCGUCACCGCCGGCUCAGACCUGGCUGUGGCUUCUGCGGAUCCGCCACUCCCUGCCUCCGUCUCUGCCGCUGGAGACCCGCCGGGCACCCUGCCACCUACGACUGCGUCCUCCGUGGCCAACCCACCGGGCACCUCGCCACCUACGACUGCGUCCUCCGUGGCCAACCCGCCGGGCACCUCGCCACCUACGACUGCGUCCUCUGUGGCCAACCCACCAGGCACCUCGCCACCAGCAUCUGCGUCCUCCGUGGCCAACCUGCCGGCCAGCGUGGCAGGAAAUCGUGCCAACACUAGCUUGGAAAGCAGCAGACAUGGCUGUCGGCACCGCGGAUCCUGCCACCCCCGAGGUUCUUGUGCUGGCCAAGCGGCAGGCACCACGCCGGCUGCGUCCUGUAACCGAUACGGCACCUUCUCGACAGAGCUGGAGAUCGUCCAGGGGAUCGAGAGCAUGGAGAUCGUCCAGGUGGCCCCGGCGGUGGGCGAGAGCGCCGUGGAGCUCACCGUGACCUGCCAGGGGAGCCUGCCGGAAGAGGUCUGCACCACCGUCUUGGACCCCACGUGCCUCAUGCCCCAGCAGAGUGUCUGCACCCCCGUGCCCCCGGCGCCCGCCUGCCAGCUGGUGCUGCGCCAGGCCUUCAACCAGAGCGGCCUCUACUGCCUCAACGUCUCGCUGGCCAACCCCGCCAGCCUGGCCGUCGCCAGCACCCAAGUCAGCAUCCGAGGUGCCGCGCCCGCCGCGCCCAGGAUCACACUCAUCGUGGGGCUCAUGCUGGUGGCCGUGGCCCUGGGCGCCGUGUCCUACGCCUACAGGCGUGUGAAGUACAGACCCCUGCCCGCAGGCCCCGCCCGCAGCCCUCUGCCCCGGGCCUGGCUACCUGACCGCGCCGCCCUGCGUCUCUUCCUGCGCCAGGCCUUCAGCACCGUGCCCACCGGCGAGAGCAGCCCCCUGCUCAGCGGCAACGUGGUCUAGAGCCAGUGACGCCCCCCGAAAGGACCCUGCCCCUGCUCCUGCCAUUUGGGGUGGGGGCUGGGGAUGCCCGACACACCCAGCCCCAGAGCCGCAGUGCUCCCUGCCCCCCAGCACGGGGGGAAGGAGGGAGCUCUCCCCCGCUCCAGCUGGCACCCUGCGGGGGGGGGGGGGGUUCAGGUGCCCCUGUCCUUAUCAGCUAUUAAACACUCAGACUCC